GGUCGCAACACGGUUCUGGAAUCUGGCCUCAUAAAAAGCCAGCCAAUUCGAAUCUCCAUCCUCGAGUUCCAUAGAUUUUCGAGACCGCGGUAACAGGAAUGACACGGUCAAAGGUGCACAACUGCCGCUAGCUAACAGGAGGUGACGCGGAUUAGCGGCGCUCCAGCAGAAGAAGUUCCCCGCCGGCCUUGUCCUUGCCGUUUCUCCGGUUCUGCUAAAUCGUGCUGCCGACGAUAUAAAGCUACGCGACAGAGGAGUUGGCGCUUAUCGACUCCAUCACGCGCCAUGACUCCCAAGAGCUGGAAGCGCGCUGUUUUGCUCUUCUCCAGCCUACUCGUGCAAUGUGAUCUGUCUCGCGCGCACCAGUCGCUCCAGAGCGUGCUUGUGUCUCCGAUUCUGGCCAUCAACUCUGUCCCUUUCAGCACCCGGGCUCACUGGAUGCGGCGGACGAACGAAGUGCUGUUGCAGUCCGGCUCUCCCUGCCCCUUCGCCGCCUUUUCGAGUGUGAUUGUGAACCACACCCUGCCGGGAAUGGGCGAGCUGGUCUGCACCGGGUAGACAGUGGGCGCGAGACUGGGGAUCCCACCAUGCACGGAGAGAUGGCGGCCAUACGGAACUGCUCCAAGAUCCUCACAGAUCCUGCCGGUCCUUACAAGCUGGCCCCAGCAGAAGCUACGGAAGCCUUCGCCUCGCUGAGCCUGUGUACAAAUGCGGAGAGCUGUCCCAUGUGCGCUGCUGCGAUCCGCUGGUCGGGCUUUCGGGAGUACAUCUACGGGACGAGUAUCGAGACUCUGAUUCGGCAAGGCUGGGGCCAGAUCCGCAUCUCUUCCGCCGAGAUCUUCAGAGAGACCAUGGACUUUGCGAGCCAGUCGCGACUCAUGGGAGACGUUUCAAUCCCGACUAUCCUUGCCCCUCGGGAUGUAGCAGGUCAAACGCCACCGGAAGUUCCACUGAGCCAGGCCCCUCUUGCCACAUUCUUCAUGCCAACCACUAUUGCCGUCGAAGAGAGCCCCGCUCAGCAGAGCUCACGAAAAGACCGCGCCGCUGCCGGGAAACCCGCGCACUGGGUCGGCAGUCGACCCAAUCACUUCGUUAACCCAUGGCCGAGCUUCCGGACUCAUGAGACGAUGGAUUUCCUGAGCUUAGCCCUCAAGACCAUUCCGCAGACCACGAAGGGUCCGAAUCCAGCCCACAUUGCGCAAAUUCCCAGCCAAGUUCCCACGUGGGGAGCCAGUGCAGCUGCCGAGAACGCCGGGAAAAUCAAGGCGACGUGGCUGGGCCACGCCUGUUUCCUCGUCGAGCUUCCUUCCGCUCCGGGAGCACCGCGGGGUGCGAGGAUCUUGUUCGAUCCGGUAUUCAGUGACAGGUGCUCGCCGAGCCAGAUAGUUGGACCGAAGCGUUUCACGCCUCCACCAUGCAAGCUGGAGGACAUUCCCGAAUUCGAUGUGGUCGUCAUCUCGCACAACCACUAUGAUCACAUGGACACGGCAUCCCUGCGCAACUUGCUCGCACGCAAAGUGCCCUCUCCUGGACCACACGUCUUCGCCCCGCUUGGAGAGAACAACGAAGCGUAUUUCAAGUCCCUCGGCGUCCCAGAAUCACGGACACACUGUCUUGAUUGGUGGGAUGGUCGUCGUGUGAGUGUCGCUGGAGACCAGGGCCUGGACAUGAAAUUCGAUGUGACAUUCACACCCGGACAACACUUCACCGGCAGAGGGCUGAUGGACCGGUUCAAGACGCUGUGGGGUGGAUGGGUCGUCGAGAAUGUGACUGAUUCUGCUACUCCACCCGCCAAAGUCUACUUCGCGGGUGACACGGGCUACCGUUCGGUUCCUUCUGAUACCGACGAAGGCCCUGACAGCUUGCCUGUCUGUCCUGCUUUCAAGGAGAUCGGGGAGAAAUGGAAGGGAUUCGACUUCGCGAUGAUUCCCAUUGGCGCCUAUGCACCGCGCAAGUUCAUGUCCCCCAUCCACUGUGGCCCGCGCGACAGUGUAGCGCUCUUCAAAGAUCUGCGCGUCAAGAAGGCUCUCGGGAUGCACUGGGGGGCCUGGGUGCUGACGACCGAAGAUGUCCAUGAACCACCUUUGCGCUUGCAGGCUGAGUGCGACAAAGCCGGUAUUCCGCAUAAGGAUUUCGAUGUUUGUGCCAUUGGAGAGACGGUGGUGUUUGAUGCGGGCAGUUGAUUCAUUUGGUCGCGGUUUCAGUCUGUUUCUGUUACUUAUUCAUGUUGCUUGCGCGGUACACAUUCAAAUUUGCGGUCGAAUUGAGAUGGCCAGUGACAAGGG